CGCUAGAUUCGGCUUAACGCUAGUUGAUAUCCGGCCGCCUGUUAGUGCAGUAUUUUAGUAAGUAAAACGAUUCCUUACCAUUCUGGUUACCGUCUGCUUUUUAAGUAAUUUAUAUAUAUAUACUCGUAUAUUAAAAUGAGCGACAACGAGAGAGACUUCAGGAAGCUGGACUCACGGCCUGGUUCAAGGAGUGCAUCCCCUCGGGGUUCUGCAAAGUCUGCCAAUCGAUCUCCAUCACGCUCCAAAGAUGGAUCUCGCCAUUCCAGGUCCAGAUCUCAGUCUAGAUCAGAAUCCAGGUCCCGUUCUCAUCGAAGCUCACGCAGACAUUACUCCCGCUCCCGUUCCCACUCCCACCGGCGUCGUUCCAGGAGCCGGUCCCGCAGCUGUGAAUAUCGUAGGCGCCGAAGCCACAGCCGCUCUCCUAUGUCCAACCGUCGCAGACACGUUGGAAACAGGGCAAACCCAGACCCCAACACUUGCCUUGGUGUGUUUGGACUGAGCCUUUACACCACUGAGAGGGAUCUGAGGGAUGUCUUCUCUAAAUAUGGCCCUCUGACUGACGUCAACAUCGUGUAUGACCAACAGUCCCGUCGCUCCAGAGGCUUUGCCUUCAUCUACUUUGAAAACACAGAGGAUUCAAAGGAAGCCAAAGACCGAGCCAAUGGAAUGGAACUUGAUGGGCGCAGGAUUCGAGUGGAUUUCUCCAUCACAAAACGAGCCCAUACCCCCACUCCAGGGAUUUACAUGGGGCGGCCCACGUAUGGUGACAGUGGUGGCGGCGGUGGUGGUGGAGGUGGAGGUUCAUCACGUCGUGUUUCCAGGGACUAUGACAGGGGCUACGACAGAGGCUAUGAUAGGGACUAUAAUCGAUAUGACGACCGCGACUAUUACCGAUCAUACAGACGCAGAUCUCCAUCUCCAUACUACAGCAGAGGGUACCGCUCCAGAUCCCGGUCACGGUCCUAUUCACCACGUCACUACUGAGCCUGAGAGAUGACUGUUAAUGGUGGAUUCAUUGUUACUAUUUGGAAUAGUUUCAUGUUCUGAGCAGGUUAUGUACAUUGAUAGCAUUUUGUUGUUUGUAUUUUUUUGAAAAAUUAUGAAAAGCUGCAUUCUGUUUGGGCAGCACUUUGUUUUGACAUGUAAACCUGUUUUACAAAAUGACAUCCACAUGCAUACCUGUGUUAAAGCCAUAAAAUUAUGACAAGGACACGACAGUUUAAAAGAGGAAUUGGCAUUUUUGUUGCAGAGAUUUAAGUCUGGUCAGAUGCUUUAAAUUGGCAGGGUCACCUUAAAAGGAGGCUAAUAAUUGAAAUGAAUCUUGAUAAAUACUAAAACAUUUCUAAACUCAGAAUCAAAAAUGUUAAUGUUUUUUGAGACACAAAACAAGUCUAAACCAACCUUAGGUUGGCUUCUCUAUAAGAAACAUGUUCAGUAGCUUUUACCAUUUCUUUCUGGUUUUUGAAAUUCUCAAAAUGUCCCUUUACUUUUUGUAAAACCGUCAUGACUCUUUUAGUUGAGUCAGCUCUGGGUUCUGCUGCAUAGUCCAGGUUUAGGUUUUUUUGGUGUGUGUAUAUAUCCAAUAAAGUUCUUGUUGGUCAUAUGUUUGGAA